CGCGGUGCUGAGGCGGCCCCCGUGCGGGAGCGGGGACGCGCCAUGACCUCGGCGCGGGAGGCGGCCGGCUCUCCCCCGCUGCACCCCCCGGGCGGCGGCCGCCGGCGGAGCGCCCUGGACCAGCUCCCGCCGCCCGCCAACUCCAACAAGCCGCUGACCCCCUUCGGCAUCGAGGACAUCCUGGGGCGGCCCCGCGGCGGGAGCCCCCCCGGCCCCGGUCCCGCCGCGCCCCCCGCCCGGCUCCCCGAGAAGGCGGCGGGGCCCCGCGGCGGCGGCUGCGCCCCGUCCUCGCCGCUCUGCGCGCUGGAGGAGCUCGCCAGCAAAACCUUCCAGGGGCUGGAGCUGGGCGUGCUGCAGGCGGCCGAAGGUCGGGAGCCGCUGGGCGCCCUGGGGCAGCGCCCGGCCUGCAAGAAGCGGCGCAAGUCGCGGACGGCGUUCACGAACCAGCAGAUCUUCGAGCUGGAGCAGCGGUUCCUGCGGCAGAAGUACCUCUCGCCGGCGGACCGGGACCAGCUGGCGGCGCGGCUGGCGCUCAGCACGGCCCAGGUCAUCACCUGGUUCCAGAACCGCCGCGCCAAGCUCAAGCGGGACCUGGAGGAGCUCCGCGCCGACGUGGCCUCGCUGCAGGCGCUGCCCCCCGCCGCCCUCCGGCAGCUGGCGGCGCUGCCCGACCCGCCCCGGCCCCCCGGCCCCGGCCCCGGCCCGGCCGCCCCGCCGCCCGCCGAGCUCUCGGAGGAGGAGAUCGACGUGGGGGACUAAGCGGGGGCCGGGGUGCCCGGGCCGGCACCCGGACGGACCGAGCCCCCACCCCGGGGGAACUGGUGCAAUUCUUCGAUUUUUCGCCUUUUUUUUCCCCUUUUUUUUUUUUUUUUGGUCCGUCUUUCCUCUGGGUUUUGGUUUGAUUUUUUUUUUCAUUUUUAUUUUCUAUCGUGUCUGUCCCGCCGGCCCGUCCGCGGCCCCGAGCGCCGGGGGCACGGGGGGGCCCGGCCCGGCUGUAAAUAUUUGGAAUAAAGGCGACACCUUAUUAAGGAGCGCGGAGCGGCUCAGCCGGCGGGACGGAUGGACGGACGGACGGUCACCCCCGUCCCGGACCAUGAACGCAGGCUGGGGGUGCCCUGCUCGGCUCCGCCCGCCUGCCCGGGCCCCGGCGCCCCGCCCCCCCCCGCAUUCCCCGCUCCAGG